UCUUGCUGACUCGCAGUUCAAAACUUGGUUGUCACACCGGCACCCACGCACGGGCAGAAUGGAAAGACGAUUGUGCUCGUCAUGAACAAAAAACAUGCCACCCUGUUCCGCAAAUGCUUCGCCACACUUGUUCCCAGUGUCGUCGACCCAUCGCCUGCCGUAGCAGUUCCGUCAUUCUCAUCGCACCGCAGGGUAGAGGGGACUCUCGCCAGCCACGGCUUCGUCUCUGUGCUGGGGACCUGCUCCGGCUCUUGCGAUCUUCGAAGAGGUCAGCAAGUCCAUGCCCAGUCGGUCGUUCGCGGCAUCAGCAGGAGCGGCCUUCUGGGUCCGAAGCUCCUGGCCAUGUACGUUCUCUGCGGCGACUUCUUGGAUGCCAAGGACUGUUUUUAUCGGCUCGAGGAGGUGCCGAGUUCCGCGCCGUGGAAUUGGAUGAUCCGAGGGUUGGCCGAGUUGGGCUGGUUCGAUUUGGCAUUGUCGUUCUACUUCAAGAUGUUGGGUUGCGGGAUUUACCCCGAUAGGUAUACGUAUCCGUACGUGAUCAAAGCUUGCGAGAGUCUGAGUAGGUCUGUUUCCUAUAAACUGGUUCGUGGCAUGAUUGACUUGAUGGGCGGGGAGGUUGAUAUGUUUGUUGCUAGUUCGGUGAUCAAGUUCUAUGCGGAGAAUGGCUGCAUAGCUGAUGCGCGGGAUAUGUUUGACAAAAUGCCUCAUAAAGACUGUGUUCUAUGGAAUGUGAUGCUCAAUGGUUAUUUGAAGAAUGGGGAUUCGCGGAACGCAAUGGGAGUGUUUUUGGAGAUGAGAAAAGGUGAAAUAAAGCCGAAUUCGGUAACAUUUGCCGGCAUUUUGUCGGUCUGUGCUCUGGAAGGGAUGAUCGGCUUGGGUGCUCAGCUCCACAGUCUUGCUUUUAGAUGUGGGUUGGAGUCGGAUUCUCCGGUAGCCAAUACUUUGUUGGCAAUGUACUCAAAAUGUCGGUGCUUAAAUGAGGCACGCAAGUUGUUUGAUCUGAUGCUGCGGCAUGAUGUGGUAACGUGGAAUGCCCUCAUCUCUGGAUAUGUUCAAAAUGGACUAAUGGGUGAGGCUCUGUUGUCGUUCAUUGAAAUGUUAAAUCAUGGUGUCAAACCAGACUCUGUUACUUUUUCUAGCCUCCUUCCUUCAAUUACUGAAUCGGCAAAUCUGAAACAUGCAAAGGAAGUCCAUGGGUAUGUUAUUCGAAAUGGGCUGCCGUUGGAUGUGUUCUUGAAAAGUGCACUAAUUGAUGUUUACUUUAAGUGCCGCAAUGUGAAAUUGGCAUAUAAGAUGUUUAAGCAAGAGACAGUCAGUCAUGACGUAGUCAUCUACACAGCCAUGAUUUCUGGAUAUGUGCUUAAUGGUAUGAAUUCAGAUGCUAUAGAAAUCUUUAGGUUGUUGCUUGAUAGAAAAGUAAAUCCAAACGCAGUAACUCUUGCCAGCAUUUUUCCAGCUUGUGCUGGUUUGGCUACUUUAAGACUUGGGAAGGAAUUGCAUGGAUAUGUUCUCAAGAGUGGUCUUGAUGGCAGAUGUUAUGUUUUAAGUGCAAUUACGGAUAUGUAUGCAAAAUGUGGGCAACUGGAUGUUGCUCAUCAAAUCUUCAGGAGCAUGUCUGAGAAGGAUGUUGUGUGCUGGAACUCAAUGAUCACAAACUUCUCCCAGAACGGGAAACCUGAAGUAGCCAUCCGACUCUUCCGCGAGAUGGGGUUGAAUGGAAUCAAGUAUGACAGUGUUAGCAUUUCGUCUGGUCUCUCUGCUUGUGCAAGCUUACCUGCACUCUAUCACGGGAAGGAGAUCCAUGGCUACAUGACAAGAUGUUCGUUUUGCCAUGAUAUUUAUGCGGAGACUGCACUCAUAGACAUGUAUGCUAAAUGUGGUCACCUGGAAUUUGCUCGCCGUGUGUUUGAAAUGGUGGAUGAGAAGAAUGAAGUUUCAUGGAAUAGUAUGAUUGCUGCUUAUGGAAGCCAUGGUCUCCUAAGAGAAUGUCUCUCACUGUUUUAUGAAAUGCAAGAUAAUGGUAUCCAGCCUGAUGAUGUCACAUUUCUGACUAUAAUAUCUGCUUGUGGUCAUGCAGGCCAAAUUGAUAAGGGAAUACAGUUUUUCCGUUGCAUGACAGAAAAGUAUGGGAUUCGAGCAAAGAUGGAACAUUUUGCCUGCAUGGUAGAUCUAUUCGGACGAGCUGGUCGCUUGGAUGAAGCUUUUAAAACCAUAAAGUGCAUGCCAUUUUCCCCAGAUGCAGGUGUCUGGGGGACAUUGCUAGGUGCCUGUCACUUAUAUGGCAACGUUGAUCUCGCUGAAGUAGCUUCAAGACAUCUUUUUGAAAUGGAGCCUGAGAAUUCUGGAUACUACGUGUUGUUUUCAAAUGUGCAUGCUGGUGCAGGCCACUGGGGUGGUGUCCUUGGUGCUCGAAGUUUAAUGAAAGAAAGAGGAGUUAAAAAGGUACCCGGACGCAGUUGGAUUGAGGUUGACAACAUGACCCAUGUAUUUGUUGCAGCUGAUGAAACUCACCUGCAAUCUGCUAAUAUUUAUUCAAUGCUGGAAAUUCUUCUCUUAGAGCUGAGAAAAGAGGGUUAUGUAACUCAACAGUACAUUCCAAGGCACCCACUAACCGAGGAGAUUAAUGCGCUCGAAAAGGUUUCAUUAUGCCAGAUUCAUUCGACAUAAGUUGAAACAGAGAAGUAUUGGGGCUUGUUUGCUAUGACAAAUUGCAUUACCAGUUUGAAGGAUGCGCUUUAUCAUUAGCCAAUUGGAAAGGAUUUAUGCAAGUUACCAUUCCUGAACAUCAGCAAUUUGAUGCUUUAGGCCACUUUUUAACAGCAAUUGUCCAGUUCUAGCUGGAAUAUGCAAUCUGCCGGAAAAGGUUAGCAUCUAUUGAUCUGGAUAAUAUCAAGGCCUAUCGAUAUGCCUAUAGACAACAUCUGCUAACCACCCCAGAUUGAGUGGAUUACAUCUCUUGGAGCAUUAUAUUUGUGGAGACACGUCAACAACAGCCAGCAUGACAUUUGUAGACUGCUUGCACAAGGAGAAAUUUGUUCCAGGCAUUAAAGUUGACAAGGGGUUUUGUUCAUCUUGCUGGAUCAAGUAAUAAAGCUUUGCCCAGGCUUGGAUUGAUUGGCUUUGGAGGAUAAUGGUCUUCUGCCCAUUGGUGAACCUCAGAUUCUUCUUCAUGGGGACAACCUAAUUCAGAGGACUCUCCAAGUGGCUGAAAAGGUUUGUCCUGAGGAUUGCUUCAAUUUGAUUGAGAAAAAUCUUAUGUUCAAGGGAGUCGUGCUGAGCACAAAGAGAAGGCUUCUCCAGAGGUGAUGGCACCCUUGCAAUGCCGACAAGGAGAGUUCCUCUUGCUGGUCCAGGAAUUUUGAUGUGGACGUAUAAACUUGCAAUGAUACGCUGAACUCCUGUGCCGGCGAUGUUUUUCUGAAGGAAAAUACCACCUGUGGCUAGGCAACAGCGUGGAAAUCUUAACCAUAUCAACGAUAAUGCACCGAGUGAAAUAUUUGCCUAAGUCCAGUUCAUUGUGAAACUUGUGAGCUAUAACCAUCGAGUCGGACAGAAUCUGCAUGAUUGAAUGGCUGAAUGUGAUGUCAUUUCGUGCAAAUGUUCGUCUGGCAAUGGCGUCUUUACUUGGUUACAGGCUUUUCAGUAAGUCAUAGACGCAUUUUAAAGGGGGUGUUAGAUUGUCAAGUUUUCUUUUCAUUGUCUCUGAGGACUUCGAAUUGCUUAUAUUCUGAGAUCAUGAUUCUAAUACUCUUCUUACACUGUUGAAUAAUUAAAGCUUAACUCUGCAAA